GGUCAUUUCGAGUAUAGAACGGAUCUGCCAAUUAUGACGAAGUUAGCCGGCCUCUUGUCAGCCUAUAAAAGCAGCAGCAGUCCAAAAGUUACGCAGGAUUUACACAGAGCCUCUGAUGCUUGGUACAAAAGAGAAUGUCUUGGACUCCUCUCCGUUCACUUAUUCUGUUGGCUUGUUCCUUGACUCCAGUUCUCAGCCAAAACAGUUGCAAGGAAAGAUGUGGCAACGAGUACUACCGAGGUUACCUGUGCCAAUGUGACUACAACUGCAUGGCCUACGGCGAAUGCUGCCUUGACUUUGAAUCUCAAUGCACCACAAAAAACUCCUGUAAAGGUCGAUGUGGGGAAACAUUCAAGAGAGGCCAACUGUGUAGCUGUGACUCUGAUUGUGUUAAAUUCAAGCAGUGUUGUCCAGAUUACAAGAUCCACUGUGAUGCAAAAGAGGAAACUGCAAAUGAAGCAGAAGACCCGUUUUUGCCACUCAGUGGGGGAAACACUGAAGGUACGGACACCGAGACCAUUCCCAGCGAUUACCAAUCCAACACUCCAGAUCGUAUGGAAAGUGAUAUGCCAGACAGCACUGGCAGUUAUGCGUCAUCUCCAUUUGAGCCGCUGGAAGCUAUCCCCACUCAAGACACCUUGAUCAGAGACACUCUAAAGGCGAGAGCAGAAGCAGUUCCAUCGGUGACAAGCCCUUCACGAGAUGUGGUCAAGUCAACCACCGUGGACAGGGCUGAUGGAGUCACUUACACUGAGAGUGAAGAUAGCAGAAGAAAUCCUACCACCGUGUCAGACUCCAGAACAACAUUUCCACAAGCCACCAUGGGAGCUAAGCGAGUUUCCAACCAACCCAGUUGGACUUCAGCAUCCCAAGCAGAACCUUCUCCCACAGGUGACAACAGACCUUCACAACCAGAAUAUCCCUUUCAAGAGAUGUCCACACCUCGACUGCCAUCAGAACACACACAAGGGUCAUCCAGAUAUUCAGAUUCACCAGAUCCUUCACGAGGGUCUUCCACAUCUUCAGCGCAACCAAAGGCUUCACAAGAGUCAUCCACACCUUCACACCCACAAAAAAACUCACAAGAGUCUUCUACAUCUUCAGGACCACCACCAGAAACAUCACAUAGGUCAUCCAGACCUUCGCAACCAGAAUAUCCCUUUCAAGAGAUGUCCACACCUCGACUGCCAUCAGAACACAUACAAGGAUCGUCCAGAUCUUCAGAUUCACCAGAUCCUUCACGAGGGUCUUCCACAUCUUCAGCGCAACCAAAGGCUUCACAAGAGUCAUCCACACCUUCACGCCCACAAAAAACCUCAAAAGAGUCUUCUACAUCAUCAGGACAACCACCAGAAACAUCACAUGGGUCAUUCAGACCUUCACAACCAGAAUAUCCGUUUCAGGAGAUGUCCACACCUCGACUGCCAUCAGAACACACACAAGGGUCAUCCAGAUCUUCAGAUUCACCAGAUCCUUCACAAUGGUCUUCCACAUCUUCAGCGCAACCAAAGGCUUCACAAGAGUUAUUCACACCUUCACGCCCACAAAAAACCUCACAAGAGUCUUCUACAUCUUCAGGACCAACACCAGAAACAUCACAUGGGUCAUCCAAACCUUCACAACCAGAAUAUCCCUUUCAAGAGAUGUCCACACCUCGACUGCCAUCAGAACACACACAAGGGUCAUCCAGAUCUUCAGAUUCACCAGAUCCUUCACAAGGGUCUUGCACAUCUUCAGCGCAACCAAAGGCUUCACAAGAGUCAUGCACACCUUCACGCCCACAAAAAACCUCACAAGAGUCUUCUACAUCUUCAGGACCAACACCAGAAACAUCACAUGGGUCAUCCAAACCUUCACAACCAGAAUAUCCCUUUCAAGAGAUGUCCACACCUCGACUGCCAUCAGAACACACACAAGGGUCAUCCAGAUCUUCAGAUUCACCAGAUCCUUCACGAGGAUCUUCCACAUCUUCAGAAGAUAGUAGAAGAAAUCCUACCACCGUAUCAGACUCCAGAACAACAUUUCCACAAGCCACCAUGGGAGCUAAGCGAGUUUCCAACCAACCCAGUUGGACUUCAGCAUCCCAAGCAGAACCUUCUCCCACAGGUGACAACAGACCUUCACAACCAGAAUAUCCCUUUCAAGAGUUGUCCACACCUCUACUGCCAUCAGAACACACACAAGGGUCAUCCAGAUCUUCAGAUUCACCAGAUCCUUCACGAAGGUCUUCCACAUCUUCAGAGGAACCAAAGGCUUCACAAGAGUCAUCCACACCUUCACGCCCACAUAAAACCUCACAAGAGUCUUCUCCAUCUUCAGAACCACCACCAAAAACAUCACAUGGGUCAUCCAGACCUUCACAACCAGAAUAUCCCUUUUUAGAUUUGUCCACACCUCGACUGCCAUCAGACCACACACAAGGGUCAUCCAGAUCUUCAGAUUCACCAGAUGCUUCACAAGGGUCUUGCACGUCUUCAGUGCAAUCAAAGGCUUCACAAGAGUCAUGCACACCUUCACGCCCACAAAAAAACUCACAAGAGUCUUCUACAUCUUCAGGACCACCACCAGAAACAUCACAUGGGUCAUCCAGACCUUCACAACCAGAAUAUCCCUUUCUAGAUUUGUCCACACCUCGACUGCCAUCAGAACACACCCAAGGGUCAUCCAGAUCUUCAGAUUCACCAGAUCCUUCACAAAGACCUUCCACUUUUUCAGCGCCACCAAAUGCUUCACAAGAGUCAUCCACAAAUUCAGCACCCCAAAAACCAACACAAGAUUCCGCCACAAACACAGAAAGCUCCGAGGCGCCUCACACACCCGAUUCAACGUGGUCUUUCCCACCAUCAGUCCCAACUACUUCAGUGGUUACAACAGCCCAACCUUUCUCUCUACCAGACCGUCAGAAUUACUCCACUGGUGUUUCUCCAGUGGGAUCAGACCUUGACGUUACAAUGACCGUUAACCCCUCACCCACAGAUGCGUUGCAGGGUGAUUUUAAAGACAAGGUUACACCAACAGAAUCCUCCAUCGCCCCAGUAACAGAAACCCCAAAAUCCCCUAGUGCUAAAGCACCUGAAUCCACCCUAAAACCUAAACCAAACACUUCCGGUCCACCAAUGACUGCAGCCCCUGAGGAUAAACCUGCUCUCAAACCUGCGAUUAAGCCAGUGGAUGCGGUGCUGACUGUGGAUAGCUCCAGACACUACCAACCAGAUGACAAUGACACAAACUUGUGCAGUGGGCGUCCUCCCAGUGCAUUCACCACAUUGAGGAACGGCACAAUAGCAGUCUUCAGAGGUCACCUCUUCUGGUUUUUGGAUAGAAACAGGGUGCCAGGUCCGGCCCAUGACAUCACACAAAUGUGGGGGGUCCCGUCACCCAUCGACACUGUGUUCACCCGUUGCAAUUGUCAGGGGAAAACAUACAUCUUCAAGGGAAACCAGUACUGGAGAUUUGACAACAAUCAUUUGGACCCAGGCUAUCCGAAGGUUGUUGAGUCGGGCUUUGAUGGUCUUCAAGGUCACAUCACAGCUGCCCUGUCUGUGCCUCAGUACCGCAGGAGGAGGGAAUCUGUCUAUUUCUUCAAGAGAGGUGGAUUGGUGCAGAAAUAUUCAUAUCAGUUUGGCACCAGCCCAUCAUGUAGCAAGAAAGCCCAUUUUGCUAUUUACACUGUCCGUAACCGAGUGGCGCGACAAGCAGUGUCACUGCUGGGACCCACAAUUAACAUCCGGAGGAGCUGGCGAGGAUUCCCCACCAUCAUCACUUCAGCUGUGUCUGUCCCCAGUUACAGGGAACCAGAGGGCUACAGAUACUAUGUCUUCUCUCGAUCUAAAUCCUACAAUAUCAGGUUGGACGGUGAGCGGCCCGUUGUCACUUCCCCGAUAGAAAACCCAUCAGCUCAGAACAACAACUUCAUCAAUUGCCCCAAAACACUCUGAUGACCACAGACUGCUUCAUGAAGCCUUCGCGUUGGACUUGUUCAACACUUUUAAUUACAUUUUUCAGAAAGCACAUAACCACCUUAGACUCAUCAAAAUUAUAAAAGCAAAAAACUUUCGAACAAGUGAUCAAGUUGAAGAAGAGUGACUUGUUGAGACUGUCACGAUGUCCAUGUAGGGAGCUUCAUCUGGCGAUGCGUCUGCCGUGAACUCCUCUUGAAGGAAAUGCUUGACCUGAUGGAAUACACAAUGAAGGUUUCAACAUUAUAUCCAGCGGCUGAAUAAACUGUAUAUCUGAAAUCUACAAAUGAAAGCACACAAUUUUAAAAGCAUGCAAAAAAUAUUCACGUUAUGAUGUAUACACUCUGUAACUAUAUUUAAAAUGCAAUAAAGAUUGUCUGGUUGGAAGCAAGUUUGUUUCCUUACAGCUUUGAAAGUGCA